UAUCUACGACUUAUCAAGAACUCAAGCUUUCAAAAUGGAUACUGCCCUGAAGCCGGUACUACCCCAUGUCUUCAAAGCGUUGAAAGACGUAGACGUAGCAGCUCUCACAAAGUGUUCUACGGAUGAAAUUAGACCCAUAAUACCAUGUCUUGUCCGGAUGGCUCUCAUCACUCCAUUGGACAUCACCGAAUAUUGCUCCGAAGCCAAAAAAGAAAUCCUAACCCUACUGGCUGGGAUAGAUCUAGUUAACUUUAUAGUGUCCCUAUUAUCUAUAGAAUUCCACACCUUAGAGGGAGACCUAAAAAAAGAGCAGCAAAUGAGACAGAAGAAUGGAUCGCAAUGUACUGAAUCAUUUCUGGUUCAAACAGCAGUAACUGGCAUUGCAAAUGACUUUGAGCAGUCUGACUCUUCCCGUCGCAUGCGUCUGGUGCUCUCUGAAAUAUUACAGAUGCAAGCUCAGCUUGUUGAGUACAAUCAGAACAAGCAUUUGAACAACACUGAUUGUGCAAUCAAACCUUCAGAGUUGUUUGACAAUGAUGUGUAUUUGGAAGAAAUUACGUAUGUUCUAUGCAUUAGUUUGGCCGAACUUCCGAAUCUGCUGAACAUCUGUGAUGUGGUGGAAGUUCUCCUGCAUGUCAACAAGGGGCCAAUGCUCAUUUCUUGGGUGGUAGCCAACAUGCCUGACACUUUACAAGAAGUGGCAGAAUCUCUGGUGAUGAACACAGAAAGAGUGGAAGAGUGUGGCUUGCGAGGGAGAGCUCUGACCACACUGUGUGCUGCAUGCCCCCACAUUGCAGCUUCAGUUAAAUCUCAAGCUGCCUCUGCAUCCAGACUGCCAGCUCUCAUCAUUAACCUCACUCUCACAUACCAUUUAGAUGAAUUGGUUUCAUACAUGUCUGGCUUACUGCUGGGCUCAGAUCAAACAAUCAGACAGUGGUUUGCCACAUUUCUACGGAACUCACACAAGAGAGCUAAAGGGGACGGUCAUGCAGCCCUUACCAAGCUGAGACAAGAACUCCUGAACCGACUGAAAGAAGCCACAGCAGGUGUGGAGGCCUCGGCUUUACUGAGGCUGUACUGUGCAUUGAGGGGUAUUGCUGGGAUCAAGUUCCAGGAUGAUGAAGUGGCAGGUCUUCUUAGGCUGGUCACUCAGAAGCCACCCCCUACGCCUGCUGGAGUGAGAUUUGUCUCUCUCAGCCUCUGCAUGAUACUUGCGUGUCCCUCCUUGAUGGCUGCUCCUGAACAUGAAAAGAAAGCAAUAGAGUGGGUGCAAUGGUUGGUUAAAGAAGAGGCAUAUUUUGAAAGCCAAUCCGGCGUAACGGCGUCAUUCGGCGAGAUGCUGCUCCUGAUCGCGAUCCACUUCCACUCGGGGCAGCUGGCGGCAGUGGGCGAGCUGGUGUGCGCCACGCUCGGCAUGCGCGUGCCCGUGCGCCCCAACGGCCUCGCGCGCAUCAAGCAGGCCUUCACGCAGGAGAUCUUCACGGAGCAGGUGGUAACAGCGCACGCGGUGAAAGUUCCCGUAACAGUGAACCUAAACAGCAACGUGCCGGGCUACCUGCCCGUGCACUGCAUCCACCAGCUGCUCAAGUCGCGCGCCUUCUCCAAGCACAAGGUGCCCAUCAAGAACUGGAUCUACCGCCAGCUAUGCGCGGCCACGGCGCCCCUGCACCCCGUGCUGCCCGCGCUGGUCGAGGUCUACGUGCACUCCAUCCUCAUCACCAGCAACAAGGGCGUCAACGAAUACAUGAACAAGCCCAUCACGGAGGAAGAAAUCAGGAGGGUCUUCAGAAACUCAAUCUUUGGAGCCAACUUCGACGCACAGAGGAAACCAUUCGCUACCAUGGACACUGAUAAUGAUGAAGCUCCGAUAGAGAUCAAUAUUGAAAAACCAACACUAGCAUCCCAGUUGCUUCUAUUGUACUAUCUGCUGUUUUACGAAGAUAUCCGACUAUCAAAAUCAGUCACCCUUCUCGCCAGUGGAAGGAAAGUCAAAAGUUACUCAGUAGCUUUUCUGUCGGAGUUGCCUAUAAAGUAUUUGCUGCAUCAAGCGCAGAAGGACCAGAUGAGCUACGGCGGGCUGUUCAGUCCGCUGCUGCGGCUGCUGGCGACGCACUUCCCGCAGCUAUCGCUGGUGGACGACUGGAUGGACGACCAGGUGUUCGGCGACGCCUCGCGCCCGCACGCCGACAUCGCGCUGUCCGAGGCGACCAUCGUCGACGCUUUCCAAGACGUCGAGAACAACUCGUACAAGACCGGGAAGGUGUUGAAGGCGAUGCUGAGCAAGAACCCGACGGACAUCUGGCCGCUGGCGGAGACGUUCGUGCGGCACGUGCGGCGCGUGCUGGGCGCGCGCGUGCCGCGGCACACGCAGGAGCUGUACCGCGCCGCGUGGCUGCGCCUCAACUCCGUGCUGCCGCGCUGCCUGUGGAUCAUGACCAUCAACGCGCUGCUGGACGUGCACGCCGGCGCCGCGCGCUGCGUCGCCGCCACGCAGGAGAACGUGCUGGUGGACCCGCUGCAGGUGCUGCGCUGCGACCUGCGCGUCUUCCGCUGCGGACCCAUCCUCAAGAUCAUACUGAGGAUCCUCGAGGCCAGCCUAGCCGCCUCCAGGAGCCAGUUGAGCAGACAUCUACAAGAUAAACCACUACUGGAAAAAAGCGGCCAGCUGACUUCCGACUCGGAAAGAGAAGAGUUGAAGAAUGCGUUGGUCGCGGCUCAAGAGAGCGCCGCGCUGCAAAUACUGUUAGAAGCGUGUCUCGAAACUCCUGAAGACCAAGCGAAACCUGAGCUCAUGUGGUCACUCCGCGAAGUCAGAAGCAUCAUCUGCUCGUUCCUGCAUCAAAUAUUUAUUUCAGAACCAUCGUUAGCGAAACUGGUUCACUUCCAGGGCUACCCCAUGGAGUUGCUCCCCGUGACCGUGCAGGGGAUUCCCUCUAUGCAUAUCUGUUUGGAUUUCAUCCCCGAGCUCCUGAGCCAGGCGUCACUGGAGAAGCAAAUAUUCGCAGUUGACCUCGUGUCCCACCUGUCGAUUCAAUACGCUUUACCUAAAGCAAUGUCGAUAGCCAGGCUUUGUGUCAACACAUUAUCCACACUGCUGUCGGUAUUGCCGAGCGACUUACGGCUGGAGUUGUUCCAUCCCGUUCUCCCGUCCAUGGUGAGGAUAUGUAUAGCUUUCCCCUCGCUCAUAGAGGACGUGACGUCACUGCUUCUGCAGCUGGGUAAGAUCUGUGAAUCGCAGGCGGCGCUGGGCCACUGCUGGAACGACGCCGGCAUCGCGGGGGAGAACGCAUACGUGCCCUCCGAGCAACAACCGCAGACUAAAGUGCUGUUAGCCGAAGUACUUUGCAGAGAUAUAAAGGAAACUAUGAACGAGAUUGUUAAGAAAGCGCUCUUGAAUGAUAAAAUCUAUUAGAUAGGAUUAUUUACUGUAAUGUAUUUGAGUUAUGAUAAUAACAAUGAUACUAUGUUUAAGUUGUAAUAAAUAAGAGUAAGUACAAAU